GCGCAUGCUCCGUGGGGCCGGGCGGCGGGGUUGUGGCUCCGCUUCCCCUUCCGGCCGCCGCUUCGCUUGGGUCCACCAGCUCCUGUCAGUAUGGCAGAAGGGAGGAGAAGAGAGCGGCGGAGGAGCCCACUCCUGUGGGCGGCAGUUGCUGCAUUUAUUUUGGUAGUUGAUGCAUCUUUCGUGGAAGACUUAGAUGACUCGUUUAAAGAGAACCGUAAAGAUGACAUUUGGCUUGUAGAUUUUUAUGCACCAUGGUGUGGCCAUUGCAAGAAGUUGGAACCGGUGUGGAAUGAAGUUGGUAAAGAGAUGGGAAGCACUGGUUCACCAGUCAAAGUUGGGAAGAUGGAUGCAACUUCUUAUUCUAGCAUUGCCUCUGAAUUUGGAGUUCGAGGCUAUCCAACAAUUAAACUGUUAAAGGGUGAUUUGGCAUACAACUAUAGAGGACCCAGGACCAAAGAUGAUAUUGUUGAGUUUGCAAACAGAGUAGCAGGGCCUAUUAUUCGACCCCUCCCUAGCCAGCAGAUGUUUGAACAUGUGCAAAAGAGGCAUCGUGUAUUUUUUCUUUACAUUGGUGGAGAAUCUCCAUUGAAGGAAAAAUACAUAGAAGUUGCUUCCGAACUAAUUGUUUAUACCUACUUUUUUUCUGCCUCAGAAGAGAUACUACCUGAGUAUGUGACACUCCCUGAGAUGCCAGCUGUUAUAGUUUUCAAAGAUGGAACUUAUUUUGUGUAUGAUGAAUAUGAAGAUGGUGAUUUGUCAUCCUGGAUAAGCAAGGAGAGAUUUCAGGGGUAUCUUAAUGUUGAUGGAUUUACUCUGUAUGAACUUGGAGACACAGGAAAACUUGUGGCUAUUGCAAUUAUUGAUGAUAAAAACACUUCUGUAGAACAUAUUAGGUUGAAGUCUAUUAUGCAGGAUGUUGCAAAAAAUUAUAGAGACCACUUUCAUAGGAGCUUCCAGUUUGGCCAUAUGGAUGGUAAUGAAUACAUGAAUAGUUUACUAAUGGAUGAUCUGAAAAUCCCCACUAUAGUUGUAUUGAACACAUCCAAUCAACAGUAUUUCCUACCUCAUAAACCUAUUGAGAGUACUGAAGAUAUGGUUCAGUUCAUUAAUGAGAUCCUGGAAGGCACUGCAGAAGCACACGGUGGAGAUGGAAUUCUUCAACGGAUCAAGAGAAUAAUUUAUGAUGCCAAGUCUACUGUAGGAUCUGUUUUCAAGAGUUCCCCCCUUCUGGGCUGCUUUCUCUUUGGUCUACCACUGGGUGUCAUCAGCAUCAUGUGUUACGGAAUUUGUAUGGCUGACUCUGAUGGAAGAUUAGAUGAAGUGGAUGCAUCUAAGAAGGAAAGUACAGGGCGGGAACUGACUGAUGAAGGCACUGAGGAAGAACAAGAGGAAGAAAACAGUGAGAACCGUCUAGAAUUUCCAGGUGGCGAGGAAGAACAGAAAACUAUAUUUGAAAAGAAAAAAGACUAAAUUGCUUAAUUAAAAAAAAAUGUAGAAUUUCAAAAUAUAGACUUAUUUAUUGAAUUCAUCUAUUUACCUGUGACCUUCAGAGAUGAUGAACUUUUUGUUUUACAUGCAUGUGUUCCAAUUGCUUGGCCGUGAAGAAGAAUGAGUGGAAGUCUGGGUUUCAGAGUCCUUUACUAUCUUUAUCCUGCUGAAAAGAAAUCAAAUUAAGGGAUGUAUAUAUGAGCUAUUUUACAGUAAUGCACACUGAAGUUUUCUUCUUUCUUUUCUAGCUACUGAGAACUGGUUAAAAAUUAUUUUAACUAUGUGGCCAAAGUAAAUAAAACAUUUAAGAAAGGACUGCAGGAAUGUUCUCAGCCUAGAGUGAAAUCUGUAAAUGGGGAAACAUACUUUUGGGACAUUACAUAAAUGCUUUUAAAAAUAGUUAGUAUUGCUUUGAAAAUCAAUACAUACUUCAUUUUAUUUCGUUUUUUUUAUAAAAAGAUGUAAAUUUUAGAUAAUCUGUUACAGAAGUCUCAUGGCAGUGCUAAACCACAGGUAUUGCGGUCUCUCUUUAGUUGUUUUUUAUGCAAUUUUAAUAAUCUUCAAAGUAGUAUUUGCUUACUGGGUCCAUUUGCUGUUGCGUUAUUUUGGUCCAAUAUGGUUCAUUAUUAAAAAAUCACUUCUGUAUUUAACUUAAAAGGAAAAAAACCUUGCUUUUAGAUGAGAUUUCCCCUAAUCUUGACAAAACUGAAGGUUUCAUUUGCUCAUGACGAAAUUAGUGGAAUAUUUUUUUCUGUGUGUCUGCUGCAUGAUUAAUGACAAGUGUUUCUUCAAUAUGCCAAAAUAUUUUUAAAGGUGGGUUAAAUCUUGCAACAACUGUGACUUCUGCAAGUGAAAAACACAUAGACAAAUAUUUUAUUGGCUUGUUAUCAGUAAUACCUGCAUUUGACAUCUCAACUACAUGUUGAUUGGACAGAGCAAUUUAAUUAUCUUUAGGACUGUUAACACUUCUAGAAAAGGGGGGUAUUUGUCGGUGCAAUACAUUUUCAUUAACUGUUAAAUCACAUAAGUCAUCUCUAAUACUGUCCCUUGACAUUGAAAGCAACUAAGCUCUCUCCAGAGUUAAGAUCUCAAGGGAUAAGCUAUAAGAUGGUGUUUGGAGUAUUGAUACCAUGGUGAUUACCAUAGCAACCAAACCUAUGCUGCUCAUUUUCAGAACUACGGCUAUGUCACAUCCAGUUGGAAAACUGAAAAAUAAAAGCUUCCCAGCUUGUGAGUCUUGGUAAAGCAGUUUGGUAUAAUACGUAUGGCUACAUAUGUACAUUCUCAAAAAAGAAAUUUUAAGCUUGGAUAAAAAAAGUUUUAAAGGAAUUAAGACUAGAAGGUAGAAUUUUUUGUCCUCCUGAAGAUAGGGAAACCCUGUAGUACUUUAAAGCUAAUCAACUUUCUAAAACAUUCUAAGCAAACUAAUUCGAUUUACAUAGUUUUGUUGUUUAGAAGGAAAUUAAGCUGAUAAUAACACAGUUGUUUUGAAAAUGCAUGGGUUUUAAAAGUAGGGUUCUCCUUGAUAAAAAUGAAUGUUGCUUUUCAAAAUAGGAAGAGAUGAGAAAUGGAAAAGUGUUUAGCACUUUCACUGACAGUUGUUCUUUGCCUAAAGAAUAAAUUGCUGAGAUGUAAAUUAUACUUACCAGAAAUAUUCUAGCUGUGACAGUUUGGCUUUAUAAAGAAACUUUGUUCUGGCUUUUGUUUAAAUUUAAACCAGGUUGUGUUGGUUCUGAACACUGAUAGAAGUUAUAAAUGGUAUUUUGUUUGAGGCAAGGUUCAACUCCUGUCAUGUCAUGCGCAGUUGGUUUUUCACAUAUUUGAGGUUUUGUCCAAUGCUGCAAAACUCCCCUAUGCUUUAAGCGUCAAAAGCAUAAAAUGAGCUGGAUUUUUAGGAUGGACAGAAGAGUUUUUAGACUGUACCAGGAUAGCAUUUCUAUUUUGUUGGUGUUAUAUGUUGUUUACAGAAGUAGUGAAUGUCAGCACAAGAAAUCUGAAUUCAUCUAUUAUUUCACACGACUUAUUAAUUUUGUGUUCUUAUAGCUUUCUUUUAGAUACAAAUAACAGCUACAUGCUAUAUAGUAGUUUUUCCAGUGCUGAAUCUUGAGAGCAUGCUUUCAACAACAACAAAAUCCUAGCAUUUAUACCAAUUUAUAGGAUGUUAAGCAGAUUUAGAGUGGUUUGGACAGUGUCAGUUAAAAUAGGUAUAUGUUUGCCAUCCAGCAUAUGGAAUGUCAAACUCCCUGGCGUUUACUGAACUCAAGUGUACUGCCAUUUCAUUUCAGCUUCAUAACAUUGCAGUUAAAGUAGAUUUAACUGAGCAUUCCCCCUUUUAUGUUGGGAAUGAAUAACUUGUGGUAUAAAACAAAAUGACUAUUUUUUUUUUUGAUCAUGUAAAGAGCUCCACACAGUCAGGUGUCGAUUUUAACUUGAAUGGAAGCGCUCCAAUUUUAUUUUACCUUGUUGAAUUUAUCAGCUGUAAAUGUGUGGGUUUUUGUUUUUUUUACAAUAAUAAAACAUUUAAAAGUACUGCUUUUCACUCCUUGGUGCUCUAUUUGCACAUGGUUUGACAUAUAUAAUAGUAUAUAAUAGAGGAAAUAUAUAAGAAACUGGGAUCAGACCAGCAUUCUUUUUCCCACAUGACUUUUGAAACCCAUGAGAUGACAUUGGCCGCAGCCUUCUCCCACUGUUGUUCCCCAGCUGCAACUGCUAUUGUUAAAGGUAAUUAGCCAUCAUGACUGGUAGCCAUUGUAUUAGCCAUAUCUUCCAUGAAUUUGUCUAUUGCUCUUUAAAAGCCCUCUAAGCUGGGAACCAUAUUGUGAUAAUGAAUUUCAUAUUUUAGCCAUGUGAAGAAUUUUGUAUGUGUGUGUACGGGAUUUAGCAUUAUAGGAUGACCCAGGUUCUAGUAUAUGUGGCAACCUCUCUAUCCCCUUUCUCCACACUAUGGCAUACUUUUAUACAACUUUGUACUGUGUUUCCUUCCCCUUACUUGAAUUUUUCCUAAAUAAAAGAGCCCCAAAUAUA